CCAUGUUUAUUUCACAUUGAAUCGAGUUAUAAUCGUAGUGUCGAAGUCCGUGCGCGAAUUACUCUUAUUUUUGUUCGCAAAAAGCAAAUUGCGCGUAUCAAUAAUUGUCGGAAAUAUCGAGUGGCCGUUAUAACUUGUUAGUCAUUAAUUAAUUAAUAGUCAUAGUGUCCUCCUUUCGUUUUUAAGACGAGUGUAUUUGAUGUGAUCUGAGUUAACCUUGCGCGGUUUCAAUGAUAAGUUGGCGCCAACGGCGGAGUUUGAAAAGGCGUAGAAGCAGUUCGGUGAAACAUUGAACAAUGCUAAUUAUAAAAAGAUGCCACCAACUCACUGGAGUUAUCAAUCUGCUGUCGUAUAAUACGUAUCCUAGUUUUAUUUUAUUAAACUAUACAGCUAGGAAUUUUUCUAAGCUAUGCACAGAGAUGCACACUUUAUCCAUAGUACAUAAAAAGUAUAAGUAUAAAGUGGAUCCCAGUGUGCAAAAAAUUGCCCAUUCCUUAUCAAGAACAAAUAAUGCAUCAACUGAUGUCACUUUAGUACAACAGCAGAAAAGAUGCUUAAGCAUUGCCGCAAAGCUAGUCAAUAAUGCCUCGCCUAAAGUACAACCAUAUAUGAAACUUAUGAGAAUAGAUAAACCAAUAGGAAGCUGGUUAUUAUUUUGGCCUUGUAGCUGGAGCAUUGCGAUGGCAGCUCCUGUUGGUGCCUUACCAGAUCUCCAAAUGUUAGCACUUUUUGGAACAGGAGCAUUCAUAAUGCGGGGCGCAGGAUGUACCAUAAAUGAUAUGUGGGAUCAGGAUAUUGACAAGAUGGUAGCUAGAACAAAGGAUAGACCUUUGGUAACUGGUCAAAUAACGCCAAGGCAAUCAUUAAUGUUUCUAGCUGGGCAAUUGAGUCUAGGUUUACUUGUAUUGUUGCAAUUGAAUUGGUAUAGUAUAUUUCUUGGUGCCAGUUCGCUAGGUUUAGUAAUAAUUUAUCCUCUCAUGAAAAGAGUGACAUAUUGGCCACAAUUAAUUUUAGGCAUGACUUUUAAUUGGGGCGCGUUAUUAGGAUGGUCUGCUAUACGCGGAUCAUGCGAUUGGUCUGUCUGUUUGCCAUUAUAUGUAGCUGGUAUUUGUUGGACUAUUCUGUAUGAUACGAUAUAUGCUCAUCAAGACAAGGUAGAUGAUAUUAUGCUGGGCAUUAAAUCGACAGCCAUAAAAUUCGGGGACGAUACAAAAUUCUAUCUAUCUGGAUUUGGAAUGGUUAUGAUUACAAGUUUAAUUGCCUCUGGUGUAUUAACUACUCAAACUUGGCCUUACUAUACUGCUGUUGGAUUAAUCGUAAUGCAUAUUAGCAAUCAAAUAUAUACUUUGAAUAUUAAUAAUCCAACAGAUUGCGCCAAGAAAUUCAUAUCCAAUCACAGAGUGGGCAUGAUACUAUUUAUUGGUAUUGUAUUAGGAAAUUUAAUGAAGAAAUCAUAUGUAAGAGAAGAGAGAGAAAAUGGAGAAGAAACAAAACAUCAAAUUCUUUUACUAGACGAAACAAAAAGUAGCCAAGAUUUGUAAUUAAAUUUUGGAAUAACAUCUUUAAAUUGUGUAAUUAGAUGAAACAAAAAACGUAUAGCAAAAAGCGUUUAAUUCAUAUCCAUAUUUAAAUUCUAAAUGUUUGUUUUUCUAUAUGUAUUAAUUUCAAAUACUAAAACUUUAUACUUAUAUUUAUUACAUAUUUGAUAUAUGUAUAUAUAACUAUACUGUUUGUAUAGAUUUCAUCAGACAUAAUAUAGUAAUAUUGUUUACCUCAUUUAUCAACUCAGGAAACAAAAGCUAGACAAACUAUUAAAUUUAUAUUAGAAAAAAUGAUUGCUGUGUUAGAUAUAAUUGUAAAUAUUCUACAUUAUGGAAUAGGAUCUCUUUAUGCAGAUAAUGUAAUAACACUAAUGAUGACUGAAAUUAUUGAUAUCUUAUAUCUAUAAAACAAGGA